AUGAAAAUGAAAGCAUUAGUUGCCUUCAAAUCCAAGCUUGUGAAACCAUGCAGAAAACUACUUUUAACCUUUAGGUUCAAGAUCAGGAAACCUGUCUUUAUAAGAUCUCUUCGGUUUCGUGCUUCCCGCAGCAAGACUGGAACAAGGCCUGUAAGAAACUGGUUUCUUACGGUCUUACAUUCAGUUUUCUGUCCGGCUAAGCAGUCGAGGGAAAUGAACAGGCUUGCGGAGCUUAAGAGUGUCUCCAAAGCAGAGCACGAGAAAAAGCUAUUUCCAUCACCUCUUACACCUGCUUAUAUAACGGCCAGUAGAACCGCCAUGAGGGAAAGCUUCAUGGGCAGUGAAGAUGUGGAAGAUGCAUGCAGAAGUUUCGAGAACUAUUUGGUGGAGAUGAUUGUUGAAGAAGGAAAAGUGAGGGAUUUGAUGGAUGUAGAAGAGCUUCUCUACUGCUGGAAGAAUCUGAAGUGCCCCGUCUUCAUUGAUUUGGUGUGUAGAUUCUAUGGAGAGCUCUGCAAGGACCUGUUUCUUCCAGAGGAUGACAAUGAUGUUGAUAGUUCCAAGUAAUUCUGCUGCUAGUCUUGGUACCACAGGUCCACAGUGCAAGGAAAAAAAUACUGACCUCCGUUGGUCUUUGUAUUAGAAAAUUGUAACACAAGUAGAUACUAAACGGAAUAAGCUAAUUCUCAAA